AUGAGUUAGAAAAAGGAAACAAAGCAAAAGAAGAUAGUCUUAGUAGAUGACUACUUUAAUCCCACAAAAGAAGAUGAGUAAGGAAAUAACUAAUCAAAUAAUCCUGAAAAUUUGGAUGAAUAGGAAUAUGAUUAACACUCUUCUUCAGAUGAGGAAUAAUAUAAAAAAGUUAGCAAAAAAAAGAAGAAUCGUAAAGUAAGUUCAGACGAUGACUUAGAUGAACUUGACUAUUUAGAAGUUGCAGUGCAUAAAGGUAAUAUAGGUCUUGAAGAUGGUCAAGGAUUAGCUGUAUCAGAAACUAAUGAUGCUAAAUAAGGUAGACUUGUAGCUAAACUUUCUUCCAAAAUUUCUGUUGAGAAAAUGGGAUCUAGAACUACUGCUUCUCAUGGAGCUAUGCAAUCGAUUAAAGAAAGCAUUAAUAAAUCUUAAAAGGGCUCUAACCGUGUUAAAGAUAAGUCUGAUCGUGCCACCGUAGAAUAGGUACUUGAUCCUCGUACUAGAGUUAUCCUUGUUAAAUUAUUGAAUAAGAAGAUUAUUAAUGAAAUCAAUGGCUGUUUAUCUACUGGUAAAGAAGCUAACGUUUACCAUGCAAGUUCUUCAAACGGCAAAGAAUAUGCCAUAAAAAUUUAUAAAACUUCAAUCUUAGUAUUUAAAGAUCGUGAAAAAUACGUUGCUGGUGAAUUUCGUUUUAGAAAGGGUCACUGCAAAAGUAAUCCACGUAAAAUGAUUAAGUUAUGGGCUGAAAAAGAAAUCCGUAACUUAAAACGUAUAUAUCAAAGUUCCAUCCCUUGUCCUGAACCUUUGAUAGUAAAAAGCAAUGUUCUUAUGAUGGAAUUCAUUGGUAAAGAUGGCAAAGCUGCUCCCCGUCUAAAGGAUGCAGAAAAUAUUGAGUUAGAGCAAUAUUCUAAAAUUUAUUUACAGUUACUCCGUGAUAUGAGAACUCUUUAUUAAGAUUGUAGAUUAGUUCAUGGUGAUCUUAGUGAGUACAAUUUACUUUAUUAUAAUGAAAAGCUUUACAUGAUUGAUGUCUCUCAAAGUAUUGAGCACGAUCAUGCUCAUUCACUCGAAUUCCUUAGACGUGAUAUUGUUAAUGUCAAUAUGUACUUCAAGAAGAAAAAUGUUAUUACAUUUUCUCUUCGUGAUAUUUUUGAUUUUAUCACUGAUAUCAACAUAGUUCCUGGAACUGAAGCAACUAUACUUGAAGAGCUGAUUACCAAAGAAAAUAAAGACACUGAGCAAGAUGAAAAAAUUUUUGCUGGAAUGUACAUUCCAAGAACUUUAAAUGAAGUUAGUUUUAAGAAUAUUGAAGCAAACAUAGAUAAGAACAUACUGAACGAAGGAAGCGAUGAAGAAGCAAAAGAUAUAGUAUAUUCAAAACUAACAGGACUAAUUACAAAAAGCAAUAAUCAAUAAAAUUAUGAGAGUGAAAGUGAUGAUGAUGAAGAUGACGACAACGAAGAUGAAAACAAUAGUGAAGAUGAUACUGAUAAAUAGAUUGAAGCAGCAAAACCAAAUAAAUUUAUUAAGAUAGUAACUAAAAAUGAAGAAGAUGGAGGUACUGAAGAAUCAAAAUAGAAAGCUUAAGAAGAAGUUUCAUAGUUAUUAAAAUAAAUUUAAAGUAAUAAAUAAAAAUAAGAAGAUGAUGAUUCCUCGUUAUCUUCUUCAUCUGAUAGUGAUUCUGAUGAUAGUGAAGACAGUGAUGAAGAUGAAGAUGACGAAAAUGAUAGUGAUGAUGAUGAUAAAUAGUAAGAUUCUGAAGAAACUAAAAAAAAGAAAAAAGGAGGAGAUUAGCUGUAUCAAGGUCUUUCGAAAGACGAAAGAAAGAAAAAAGUAAAAGAAGAAAAGAAAUAAAAAAGAGAAAAUAAAAUUCCAAAGCAUAUCAAAAAAUAAAUGACUAAAAAAAAUAAGAAAAAAUGA